GUUCAUGUAAUGCGGAGUACUUCCGGUCAGACAUCUUCAAGAACUCUAAUAUUAUGGCUUCCAACCAUAAAACUGCGAAGAGGUUGGGAUCUGUUAUCAAAUUAAAGCCAGAAAUGUAUCAACAGUACAAAGAACUUCAUGCAGCAGUAUGGCCUGAGAUCUUGAAAAGGAUAUAUGAUAGUAAUAUAAGGAACUACACUAUUUACUAUGACAAACAUCACCACUUGCUGUUUUCUCACAUGGAGUAUAUUGGAGAUGACUUAGAAAAGGACAUGGCAGCUAUAGGUAAUGACCCCAUGACAAAGAAAUGGUGGAAAGUGACUGAGCCUUGUCAAGAAUCAUUAGAGUGGACAGGGCCGCCACCCAGUGAGGGGGGUGAAGGGGGCAACUGGUGGUCACCAAUGGAGGAAAUGUUCCAUGAUGGACACCCUGCUACACACUAUCAUUAAAUUAUGCAGAUUGUUUCAGGAUAACUGGAGAAUAUAAGAGAUAAUUUUUUGUCAAAUCAGCCAGGGGGUUAGUCAGUCAGUUAGUCAAUGGUUCAGUCACUCAGUGAGUCAGUUAAUUAGUCACUCAGUGAGUAAGUUAAUGAAUGAGUAAGUCAAACAGGGUGUCCAUAGGAUCGUCAGUCUGUUUAUCAGUCAAUCAGUCAGUCAGUGAGUCAGGCAGGCCAUCCUGCCACAUAAGUCAAGAAACAACCAUAAACCAAGAGAAGUCAGGAUCGAAUCCAUCUAAUCAGAAAUGACAUGACAACCUUAGAUUAUUUUCUCUAAAGCCUAAUACCCUAAAUAUUAUAUCAAGGUAAUAUAAUAACUUGCUUUAACAACAGAUAGCUGUUAUGUUGGGCUUCAGGCUUUAUAACAGAGAGAUUCCUUUAAAAUGACAAUGUUGUCAAUAAACCCACCACUGUAUUAUUG